AUGUUAAUUAUCUUCAUCGUGAGUAUCCAACAGGAAGAACCCGAUACUCGUGAUAGUAAGAUUAUUUACUCAAAUUCACUAGAUCUUAUUUUGGCUUUCUAUUUAGAAUAUACAGUAUGUGAUACAGUUUCGCAGUUCAGCAUGAAUAUAUUUAGAGCCUUUCUACUAUUUUGUUGUUCCCUGAAUUGUACGCGGGCCGAAAUCAAUGGAAACGUACUAGCAGACGAGUUAACGCGAGUUAUAGAGGACGUGGGUUACACUCAGAUGCAGAAGCAUUUAAAUCGCCUACAGUAUACAGAAUCUAUGGUAGACUAUCCAUCUGUCACAAGAAAGACUGCUGAUUCAAUACAGUACAAAUUUCAAGAAAUGGAACAAGCUCUUGGUAACUUAAAGACCACAAUUGAAGAGGAGUAUAAAUUAUUUUCGUCACAAAUGACGUCACGGGAUUGUUGUGACCAAGCUGAGUACUCAUACGACAGUCGAUUCCGUUCAAAAGUUGAUUUUGAAAAUAUUUGUGUGACUACAUCCUUGUUGUCAUCACGUCAGAAGAAAUAUCCAACAGAUAAAGUUCUUCAAGCAAUGAAAACAAACCAUAGAAACAACCCCAGCCUUCUGUGGCAGUAUGUUGGAUUAGAAAGCGGUGUUCUUAUUAAUUAUCCGGCUACAAAAUUGUCAGACUGUAAUGCAUACGAUCCGAGAUACAGACCUUUUUAUAAAACUGGAGCAUCCCCUGUUCCGAAGGAUGUAGUGGUACUUGUUGAUGCAUCCAAAUCCAUGACUGGUAAUUACCUGCAGAAGGCAAAGGACGCUGCCAAUACUGUAUUAGAAACGCUGAAUAGCAACGACAGGGUAGGCAUCGUGAUGUUUAACGACUAUGCUUAUGUUCCAACAUCCAGCGACCAAUCUUGCUAUGGAAACCGACUAGCAGCCGUCACCCGCAAAACCAAAUCAGUUUUAAAAUCUUUCAUAAACACCAAAACUGCUGAAAGGAAUACAAAUUAUGCCAAUGCGUUUACUAAAGCCUUUGAUUAUUUCAAAAACUCUUCUCCAAGCUCGGAUAGAGAUCAAAUCAUCUUGUUUUUAACUGAUGGUCAAAACGCUGGUCCAGAAGAUUCUUUAAAAGUGAUACAUGACAGAAAUAGCCAACUAGGGAAUAGAGUUGUUAUACACACCUUUGGAAUAGGAGAUGUAUCUACGUCCGCUGAAUCAUUACUGAGGAAAAUCUCUGAACAAAUCGGAAGUAACAGUACUUACGGAGAAAUCAAGAUUGGCCGGUAUCAGCCAGUCCCUGAUGUGACUUACCUACCCGAAGCUUUGGGCUCCUUCUACACAUAUACUAAUAAUCCAGUAGCUGUCAAACCUCUGUUUACCUUGCCUUAUACAGAUUAUUUCUCCAAUAAUGGUCUGAUCAUAUCAGCAUGUCUAACCCUGAUGUUCGGCAGUGAGUUUAUUGGUGUGGUAUGUACAGACAUCAAACUGAGUGAACUUGUCACCGACACCUCGUACCUACAGGAGGGGGAAAUGACUUACUCCUUUAUAAUGGACGGAUUUGAGCGCACUCUUGUGCAUCCUUUACUUCCUGACCCCCGAGACAACAGCGCGGAGGAGUACGAAGUCAACAAUAUUUACAACUUUGAAACAGCCAGCGAUGUUAGAACAGUCAUUGAGUCAAUGAAACUUGGCAAUGCAGGAAGUAAAGAGAUUAACACAACUUUUACACAAGUCCGAGGGAAUCUUCUUAUGGAAGGCGACAAACGAACAAUUAUCCACGCUGUGUACCAGUGGGAACCUAUAAUGGGGAGUAAUUUCUCACUUUGCAUUGUGUUUCCAAAUCAAUCUCUAAAGAGGAAUUUGAAUGAUUUACCAGCAAGCAGUACGGCUUUUAUGUACCAUAGAUGGGAUCUAACAAAUUGGCCAUCACCAGUUUGUCGUCAGUUUGCUCGCUAUGCUACAACAGAACAUUCAAGUGUUAAACUUACACCAGAAGCAUUCGUCGAUCCCGGCGAGUAUCUGGAUACGGAAGAAACUAAAAGUGAUGUUAGGAAAAUGGAAGACUUAGUCUCCGGGGUGAUAACCACAAACCCUGGAAUAAAGCGCUCGGCAAUAAACGGUGUUCUUGCGACAGAGGAAAUAGAAAAGAUCUGGAAAAACAACCAGAAGGAGGCUACGUUUAUCGUCUGGCGAUACCUUGCUACACAGGAAGGCGUCAUCAGAGUCUACCCUGGAGUGAGACUGCCAGAUGCCUAUGACUUCAAACUUCGACCGUGGUAUCGACGAACUCUAGCCAAUCGAAAUAUGAACGUUAUAUCAGCGCCUUACAACGAUUACUGGGGUGCAGGAAAAGUGAUUUCAAUCAGUCGUAAUCUUAACACAAAAAGUUCUAGGUCAUCCUCACAGAAUGAAGUGACAGAGGCUGUUUUAGUGAGCGACUUCUCCAUGUUCUAUUUCCAUCAGAUGGUCAAAAAGAAAUAUCCUCAAUGUAAUGACAAGAAAUAUAUCUGUAUGAUAAUAGACAAUAGUGGUUUCCUAGUCAUGCAUCCGUUUCUAAUUGAAUCUCAAGAGUUUUACUCCGAAGAUCGACAGAUCCAUAUAACAAACAUGGAAGGUCGUAUUGCUCGAUCCCUCAUGACAAGAAAUGUUAUGUUCAGACAGCCAUGUUUGUCCGUGGAGAAUGAGCGAGAACAAAUGACGUACAGGGUCAUUCUGACAUACUUACACAUAAAUGGGAUCGAUGCGAUGGCGACAGAGGGAUAUGAGAUCCGUCCAAUACGUGACACAAAUUUAUUUUUUAUUCUCAAAUCUAAAUCGAACGAUGAAGCUUACCAGUGUUGUUCUGAUGAGAAGUCGAAAAAGUCGCCAAAUGUCGUGCAAUGCACUUCCGAAGUUUGUGAUUGUCUAUGUUACAAGCAAGUAAACUUCAACGAUUGUGAAAAUGCAUAUACCAUUAUAGAUAAUCACUUACCAUGCAGCGCCAAACUCCCGGAACUGACGUCAGUUGAUUUUAAUGAAGACAGGAUGACAAAGAAUUUACCUUUGUGCUUUCCAUAUGACUGCAAUUGUCGAAAAAAUGAACUAGACUGUUAUAAUGUGUCUGGUUGCUCCUGGUGCACAGAGACUAUGACUGGAGAUAUAUUGGAGAAUGGAUUCUGUGCGCUACAGGAGACCUGUCCAGCUCAUGUCUGUCAGACAGACGAUUGCUCCCCAAAAUGUGGUGCAUCCAAAGAUUCACAAGAAAAAGAUGACUCCAUUGUUAUAAUUGUUGUUCCGAUUGUGUGUGUGUUAAUAGUUUUCCUGUUGAUUGUUUCUGUAAUAAUCCUGUAUCGAUGUCGACAAGGAAACAAUCCGAAACAAACAUAUCUCGAUCCGGUGGGAGAUCUAGAGAAGGAAGACGCUGCUCCUCAUUAUCACGAAGUAGGAUAUGUCCACACUAUAACACCAGAUUCUACGGAAGGAGACUUUCAACUUAAUAAAUACGAUGGAAGACGUUUACCUGCACAUCCUCCAGUGGAAAAUUCCACAGACUUGUACUUAACAUGCAGUUCCUCAAAUGGUUCUUGAUGAAUAAUGAUACUGCAGUUAAGAUUAAAAUGUCUGUCUCAUUCCUCAAGGUGUCUUGUCAGAGAGGAAGUAAAACCUGCUCAUUCGAACAUGAAUGGUAGGAUCAGUGUUUAGUCUGGUAGAUGUAUUGGCCAAGGAUGAAAACAAAAGUUCAAUGCAAGAUCAUAACUUCUUGUACAGGAGCCUGUCCGGAUGGGCUAGUAUUAACAUCUUUUGGUAAUUUCCGCCAUGUUAUGUUCAGAUAUCGGUAUAUGUAUCAAUGUUGUAAUUUUAUCAGGACCAUUCGAAAAUGCGUAUGCACCAUUCAAUGAUCAUCAUUGAAAAGAUAAAUACUCAAAUUAUACUUCAUCUAUACAAAAUAAAUAUGCAUUAAAAUGUUUCAUUUUUU